AUGGCGUCUGUGCAAGCCCAUAACUGCAAUGAGGCGACUGGCCAUCAAUCGAGGAGAUUAGACUGCCUAGUGCGGCUGGUCAAAUUAGGGGCAGAUCCGGCCCUCCGUGACGGAUACGGGUGCACACCUUUGCACUACAGUGUGUGGUGUGGGAUGGCCAAUGAGAUGCUGUUCCUUUUGCAUGUUGCACCAGAAUUGCUCACUAUGGCCGAUGAAAGGGGCAAUACACCCCUGCAUUACGCUGCCUUUACUGUAUCGCUCCGAAUGGAGGAUGGUAAGCGUCCACUUGAUCUGGCACGUGCUGUUGGCUUUGUCGAAGGUGCUGCUGAGUUGGGAUCACACACCGGUGUGCCGACCUUGAAGCGUCUGGCCAUGCAGCGUGCCACCUCUCUGAACUCAUUAUCACUGACCAGAAACCUUGAGAGCCAAUGGGAUCGAAGCGAAAGCGAUGUUGCUAAUAGUACCCAAUCAGCGCUGUCGAAUUCGGUCAUGGCUGGGUCCGUUGACACGCAGAGUGAUUGGCUUCAGUUGUUGGUGGGUACUGAAGAUCUGGGUGAUGUGUUUGGCUUCGGAGUUGAGUGUUGUCAGUGUUGUAUAAGUCGUGAAACCAAUUUAUACCGUUACGCUUAACAUGUAACGUAAAUGAAAGCUUGCAGGACUUACUAUAAUAAAGAAAACAAAAUGGCGAAAUCUAAACCAUUACACCUGGUAUCUAACGCAAAUGAAAGCAUGC